AUUAUUCUCUCACCCUAUCACUUGCUAUAUAUACCAAACCAAACUUUUGCACUCUUUCUCAAUCUCAGAAAAGAAAGUCUAACACUCAACAAAAUCACGAACAUGAGUGCCAGUGAUGAUGAUCAGGGCAUGCAGUUUGACGAGCAAUUUGUGGUGGAUGAUCUUGAUCCAUUCAUAGAAGGAUUCAUGGAUUCAAGCAUAUGCAUGUCAUCAUCAAAGAGCAACUCAUCACACAAUAACAACAGUUUAACUCCAAAGGGUUGUGCGUUCAAAGCAGUUCGAAGGAGAUCUAGGGCUUCUAAGACCACUCCCGUUACCCUUCUGAAAGCCAACACCUCCAAUUUCAGGGCAUUGGUACAACAGUUCACUGGCUGUUCCACAACAACAACCAUGUCACUUGCAAUCCAUAAGGGUCCCAUUACCCUAAAUUUCCAACAAGGUAGCAAACAAGAGAUAACAAAAGUAACUACACCAAUGCCCCAUGUUUCUCAGCCACAACAGCACUUGAUCAUCAGAGAGCAACACAGUGAAUACUGCUUAGACCAUGUCAAAAGCAGUACUGAGCUUUGUGUUCCAUCUUGGGAUAGCUGGAUGGAUAAUGGAUUUGGCUUUCAUGAUGAUUUUACUUUGCAUGAACUAACCGUGAAUGCCAUCUCCAAUGACAUCCAAGGUUUCUUUGUGUCAUGAAAAUAAAGGAUUAUUAUAUCUUAGGAAAUUCAUCUUCAGUCAACACCUCUAUGCACAUGUUAUAUAUCAUAAAAUUAAGCAAUACUUCAUGUUUCGUAGCCUCUAAUAAUAUUCUUUUCUUUGUAUCCUUC